UAUAAGAGAAUUAUAAUUGAACCAAUCGCCUCAAAUAUAUUCGUACAAUAUAUGUUCACCACAUCAACAACGUUGAUAAUAUUCUGUGCAUAGAAUCACUGAAUACGCCAUACUAUUGAAAUGUUUCUCCAGGCAGGCUAUGACUUUCACCAAGAGAAACUGUUUUUGUACCAAAGGUCUAGAGAAAUAGGUUAGGUUGCUAAACCAAGUGGAUAGUGCCCAUUAAUGCAAUAAUUUCAAAUGAAGUGCCGAAUGUUGGAAGGGUACAAAGUUGAGUGUCCAAAAGUGAAUUUAACCAACCAGCAGCUCACAAAACGGCGGCCGGUUGAUUCAGGCGCUCAGCCUAAACACUAAACAGCAAAGCCCUACCGGGAAAAUUCUCUAAUAGGCAUUCUCAAAUCGCGACGAUGUCCUCGUCGGUCUCGUCUUCGUUCCGCCUUCUCACCACCAGAAUCCCAGUCCCCCUCUCAUCAACCAAGUCACUCUUCUCCUCCUCCUCAUUCAAACCCACCCUUUCAUCUCCCUUCCUUAUCUCCAAAUCCAUUUCAUUCCAGCGAAUCGAGACGAGGAACCAAUCGCGAUCACCAACAUCAAUCUCAGCAUCGAGCUCCACAUCUCUGCAACCCGUCGAAGAGCUCCCUCCCAAGCUCCAAGAAAUCGUGAAGCUUUUCCAGUCCGUGCAGGAACCCAAAGCCAAAUACGAGCAGCUGCUUUUCUACGGCAAGAACUUGAAGCCGCUGGAUGCCCAGUUCAAGACAAAACUGAACAAAGUGGAAGGAUGCGUUUCUCAAGUCUGGGUCAGGGCUUACUUGGACAACGAUCGGAAUGUCUCGUUCGAGGCGGAUUCCGAUUCUGUUCUCACCAAGGGCCUCGCUGCUUUGCUCGUUCUAGGUCUCUCAGGGCGGCCAGUCGAAGAGGUUUUGAGGGUCUCUCCUGAUUUCGCCGUGCUUCUUGGUCUUCAACAGAGUUUGACCCCUUCCAGGAAUAAUGGGUUCUUGAAUAUGCUCAAGUUGAUGCAGAAGAAAGCUCUUGAGCUGUAUGUUGAAGCAGAAAAGGGUGUGCUAGAGUCUGCCCAAAGUUCAGAGGGGGGUAGCGUUCAUAAUGAAUUACAAAGCUCGAAGUUGGAGUCAAAUGGCGAUGCUAGUUCCAGUAAUUCAACUGUGGUUGGCAGCAGCAGCGUGGGUGAGGGUUUGGUAUCAAAGAAAGACGUGAAAGCCUCCGAAUUUCCUGGUCUAGGGAGUAGAGGGACUAGAAUUAAGGAAAAAUUGGAGAAGGAGUUAGACCCGGUUGAACUGGAUGUUGAAGAUGUUUCUUAUCAGCAUGCGGGGCAUGCUGGUGUUAGGGGGAGUGAUGGGGAGACGCAUUUCAACUUGAAAGUUGUUUCAAAGGAGUUUGAAGGGAAAAGCUUGGUGAAGAGGCAUAGGUUGAUCUAUGGUUUGCUGCAAGAGGAGCUGCAGAGUGGAUUGCACGCAUUAUCUAUUGUUGCCAAAACCCCGGCUGAAGUUGGAGCAACAUGAGGGUGAUUACCAGAUGGACAAUAGGUCCACACAUUUCAUACCCCUUGUUCCAGUCAAGUUUUUUGAGUUGAUAAAGUUAUAAUGCUGAUUGUAUUUUUGAAUCCUUAUAUUGCAGAACGAGUUACUUGUGAUCCUACCUGUAUAGUACGAUGUACUCUGCUUUUACUCCUUAAGUGAACUGCUCUUACUUGUGAUUUUGGGGUGAAGAAAGUCCGUAAGGCAAACCGUGUCAAUUCGGAUACAUGUUCUGCAUAUAUAAAAAAUACUUGCAAUGCCUUGAAGUGACCUGUUUUGUAGGGACGAUUGUUGAAAGUGAGGGCAAAUUUAUGUGAUUUUUUCUUCUGUCUCUCUCCCCCAUCUCAUUUGAGCUAUGUAUGUAUACAGAAUUAGAACUUGGGUACAGGACUACAGGGUAUUAAUCAUUCUGGAUUAGUUAUCCGUUUAUGAUGAGUAAUAAUGAAAAGGACUAGUGUUU